AUGUCCUUGACGAGAAGCAAUAGGACAUUAUACAAUGGAAGAAGUGUCAAGGAUGGCCAAUCAACAAAUUUUUCCAUCUUCAACCUAUUAGAUGUCGAUAAGAAUGGAACUCUUGAUUUUUAUGAAAUGAUGACAGCCUUUUAUAUAAUUAUGAGCGAAAGACCGUUUUGUGAUAGUUGUGAAAAGUUUAUUACAUCUUCGUAUUUCACAUGUGUCGGGUGUUUGGAAAAUCAAAUUGAAAGUUCGUUUGAUCUUUGCCUCGAUUGCUAUUAUAUGAAGAAACUUGUUCACACCCACAACGGUUCUGAUCGAUUUCUAGACAAUCAUUCAUUGCUUGCUAUUACCAAGUCAAUAAUAAAGGAGGCAAAUUCCUCGACAGCUAUGAAAACAAAUUCAGUGGUCAAGGAUGCUGGUGGACGUCAUUUGGACGACCCAAAAAAACUAAAACGGCAGAACACUAAGGACGCAUUUGAAGCACUGACCAAGGGAAUCAAUGCUGGUAUUGGAAUCGCCAAUUUCGCUGCUACUGUUGGCAUGUGUUCCAUUGUAUAA